UUCAUAUCUAAGGGGGCGCUUCUUUUCCUCUUGCUUUGGUUUCGUCCUAUCAACCCGGUAUUGGCACAAUUCUCUCGGCUCCAUCGGGUCCUCUAAGCUCGUUCCUGUCCGUAAUUAGGCGCCUCCUCGUCGCGCCGCUUCAACGGACGCAUCCAGGCCGCAUCUUCGCCAGACCUGAGUACGGACGGCGUGAUGCCUCCCAAGGCCGGCCGCUUUGUGGCCAGGGCGCUGGGCAUCAAACUCCAGGAAAAUGACCCUUUCAAGGAACUGGAGAGGCCGGGGGCCUCUAUGCUUUCCAACGAGACUGGUCACACUUUUGUGGAGGAGCCUCCCAAUGUCCUCGAGUACCUGAACGACCUCAUCCCGUCAGGCAAGGAGGUCUACGACUACAUCCUGUCUCUCUUUCCAUUCCUCUCGUGGAUCGGGCGCUACAACCUGCAAUGGUUCAUUGGAGAUCUCGUCGCUGGCAUCACGAUUGGUGCCGUCGUCGUUCCCCAGGGCAUGGCCUACGCCAAGCUUGCCAACCUCGAUGUCCAGUUUGGCUUGUACUCGUCCUUUAUGGGCGUCUUGAUUUACUGGUUCUUUGCCACAUCCAAGGACAUCACCAUCGGUCCGGUCGCCGUCAUGUCACAGCUUACCGGCGGCAUCGUUGCCGAUCUGGCCGUCACUUUACCCGACGUCCCAGGCCAUGUUAUCGCUUCCGCGCUUGCCAUCCUGGCGGGAGCCAUUGUCCUGUUCAUCGGCCUCAUCCGCUGCGGAUGGAUUGUCGACGUCAUCUCGCUCACCGCGCUCUCGGCCUUCAUGACCGGAUCGGCUAUCAACAUCUUGGUCGGACAGAUCCCCACCAUGAUGGGCAUCACGGGCUUCUCAACCCGCGAAGCCCCCUAUAUCGUCUUCAUCCACACCCUUCAGGGCCUGCCCCGCACGACUCUGGAUGCUGCCAUGGGUCUCACCGCUCUUACGAUGCUCUAUCUCCUCAGGGCGGCCUGCUCGUACUCUGCGAAGCGGUGGCCGCAGCAUCAGCGCCUGUUCUUCUUCCUCUCGACCCUGAGAACCGUCUUCGUCAUCCUCUUGUACACAAUGAUCAGCUGGCUUGUCAACAGGGGUCUUCCCGAGGAUGAGGUCAAGUUCAAGAUCCUGUUACACGUUCCCCGAGGCUUCCAGAACGCGGCGGUCCCAGUGCUGAACAAGCGCAUUGCCAGCAAUCUCGCCGGCUACCUGCCAGCGACCGUCAUCGUCCUCCUGAUUGAGCACAUCGCCAUCUCGAAGUCUUUCGGGCGGGUGAACAACUACACGAUCAACCCCUCGCAGGAGAUGGUCGCCAUCGGCGUCACCAACAUGCUCGGGCCCUUCCUGGGCGGAUACGCCGCUACCGGCUCGUUCAGUCGCACCGCCAUCAAGUCCAAGGCCGGCGUCCGGACACCAUUCGCCGGUGUCAUCACCGCCGUCGUCGUCCUCCUCGCCAUCUAUGCCCUCCCGGCCGUCUUCUACUACAUCCCAAACGCCUCUCUCGCUGCCGUCAUCAUCCAUGCCGUUGGCGAUCUGAUUACCCCACCAAACACCGUCUACCACUUCUGGCUGGUUUCGCCGUUGGAGGUCUUCAUCUUCUUUGUCGGCGUUAUCGUCACGGUGUUUUCGACGAUCGAGAACGGCAUCUACUGCACCGUGUGUCUUUCGGCCGCCAUGCUCCUGUACCGCAUUCUCAGGUCCAAGGGCCGCUUCCUCGGCCGCGUCAGGGUGGCGUCCAUGCUCGGCGACCAUGUCGUUGGCGGCGACACGCAGCGCGGGGCCGAGUAUGGCACAUUCACGGGAACUCCGGAAGCCCCCUUCCGCAACGUCUUCCUUCCCAUCACCCACGCAGACGGCUCCAAUCCGGAGGUCGAACUCGACAACCCGUACCCGGGCAUCUUCAUCUACCGCUUCAGCGAGGGCUUCAACUACACCAACGCCAGCCACAGCCUGAGUUACAUGACCGACUACAUCUUUGCCCACACGAGGCGGACCAACCUCGCGAGCUUCGAGCGGCCCGGCGACCGCCCGUGGAACAACCCGGGCCCGUCCCGGCGCGAGCUAAAGGCCGCCGCCGCCGCCGCCGCCGCGGGCACCAACGCGGUCGCCGACAACGUGGACCCCAAGCUGCCCACGCUCAAGGCCAUCAUCCUCGACUUCAGCUCGGUCAACCACGUGGACAUCACCUCGGUCCAGCAGCUCAUCGAUGUGCGCAACCAGCUCGACCGCUACGCGGCGCCCGACACGGUCGACUGGCACAUUGCCUGCAUCAGCAACCGCUGGACCAAGCGCGCCCUCGCCGCUGCCGGCUUCGGCUACCCGACCAUGCGCCCGGACGUGCCCCACCUGCGGUGGAAGAGCAUCUUCAGCGUGGCCGAGAUUGGCGGCGCCCAGAGCGCCGCCGCCGCCGCCGAGUUCGAGGACAACGAGAAGGAGCUCGAGAGCAGCAACCGCCUCGAGACCCUGCACUCGCACAGCCACGCCAGCGCCCACCACCACCACCCCACCACAGCGGACGACCUCGAGGCCGCGCUGUCCAAGAAGGCCACCGUCCCCGAGGGCGCCGACGAGGAGGAGCCCGCUGACGCCGUGGGCGCCGUCAACCUCGCCUCGCGCCGCACGCCGGCGCUCAACGCCGGCCGCACCGUCGCCGUGCACGGCAUCAACCGCCCCCUGUUCCACGUCGACCUGACGAGCGCGCUGCAGAGCGCCAUCGCCAACGUCGAGGCGCGCCGCGAGUACUCAUCCGAUAGCGGCGCCGGCGGCAAGAACGGUGGCGCCGCCGCCGCCGCCGCCUCGGCCAAGGCGGACAGCGACAUGGUGACGACGAGCGGCGGGAGUGGGACUUCUUCCCCGCGCUGACGAGAGCGAGCGAGCUUGACUCGAACGCGUUCUUUUUUUCUUUUUCUGUUUUCUUUUUUUUCUUUCUCGCAUCUCCCGCCCCUCUCCCCUUUCCCUUCUUCCUGUCUGCUGGUAGAUGGGAAGGGCAUG